UGUAUUCCUUCAUGCAGUGUGCAGGAGGAGGGAGAGGAGAGGAGAGCUCUGUAUUCCUUCAUUCAGUUUUGGAGUCCCGAGUAUGUUGUUAUCUUGGAGGAAGUGCAGGAUUGCACCCACAGGGGGCGUAGCGUUUGGGGUGUAUCUGCUUAUUGCUUCCUCUCUGCUGGGGCUGAGGCACUGCUAGCUACCUUGUUCUCUGUUCACACGCCUCUUUAUAGAGGUGCGCGCUGAUCAAUCCUCUCCCAAUCGCACGUUUAAUCAGACUAAAAGAAGCAAUCCAAGCUCGGGUAGCGUUUGAAAUUGGAAAGAUAACAACGCUGUGGCAAAAUAUCAAGUCAAACUAAACGCUAGUUGGAAAAAGAGUUAUUUUUUUAAACUCCAGACUGCGGUUCAGUGUAAAACGUCUACUGUGGGCUUCCUGUGAAUGGCUGGAGCAACGUCAAGAUUUGCACUGAGCGUUAAAAUUAGGGAUCCUUGUUUUGGAUUACUGACAGGUUAUUGAAGAAGCAAAGCGGCUUGACUCUGAGUCUGUUGUCAGCACUCGAUAGCUGGUCGAAAUCAGUAGCGUUAACCUGUUGUAAUGUUGCAAUGCAUUGUCCUGUUGUUACAGUAUUUGCACUGUUAAGAUUGUUUUCGAAAUAUUAUUUAUUAGAUUUGAAACCGAUUUUUUUAGGUUGCUGUACGAUGGGCGUUAUCUGAUUCUGAACACACUACAGCAAAAAGAAAAAAAAUUAGUGUUUUUCACAAUAUUAUGCUGCUAUCUCUCCCUGGGCAUUGUUUGAACUCUUUGUGAACUCAGCUAAACUUUACUGACUUGCACUGCAACGCUGUCUGCUUGCGCACACACAUUUUGCGUUUUGCUCUUGGGAGUACAAGGGCCAAGAGUUCGGGUAAUCGAACAGACAGAAAGGUUGAGCCCUGUGUAUUCAGAUAGGAAACGAUUCGAAAUUCCCAUCCCUGAUCCUAAUAACAAACACUGUGAAACCAAUAUUCACCGUGCAAAAUAAGAACAGAAUUCCCAGCAAAUAAAGUGGGUGUUUUCUCUGGGGAAACAGACAAGGCAGAAUGUUUUUUAUAAGUACUUUGUUUUAUGAUUUAUUGAUUUCAGCGCUGUCCUUUUUUGUAGGAAAACUUGAUUUGUAAAAGAUUUGGUGGGGGAAUGAGUCCAACCAACACAGCACUUCGGCACGUGGCCUCAGUCUGGCUGUACAACAGAGAGGACAGGAAAUCAGGAUUAGUUCGUAGUUAUGUGUUUUUUUUUUUUUAAAUGGUUUGUAAAUUUAAUUUUCAGCUUUUUGACACACUGGCCCGUUUUCUGGGUCUCCGGGCCCUGGUUAAAGUCGAACCCCGGACCAACCCGGCUCUUUCUGGCCACUAGUUAAAAAAAACAAACCAAAAAAACUGAUUUAGUUUGGUAAACGUUAGUCCAGUACAGUUUGAAACCACUUUUUCAGAUCUAUGAUCGCCUGGGGAAUUGCAGACCCGCAGGGCUCUGAUCUUCUGCAGUGUUAGCUGGCCUGUUCUUUUAUUAGCUAACAGGGAACAGCAAACUACACCCCGCGUGUUCAUGUGUUUACUGAUGGUUUGUUAGUAGUUAAAUAGGUGGCCCUUCCAAUAAAAUACAUGCAUUGUUUUCAGGUUUCAGCUGCACGUCUUGCAAAGUAAGAAUAGACCGGAAGGUGACUGAUAUUUAAUUCCCAUAUCAAGUUGCAGUUCAGGACCGCGGCUCUAGCUUGUAAGCAGCCCGCUGAUCGCGGUGAACGGCGCACGAGACAGAGAAGUCAAGGAUGAACCGAUCUGCCUUUCCUGCCCCUGGUUGAGACGUUGUCGCGGUGUCCUGUGCAUUGCUGGGCCACGCAGCGGAUGAAGAUGCGACGGCACAGAGUGUUCUUGCUGUGUACUGUGGGACUGUGUCUCAUCUCCUUCCUGCAUUACUACAAGGCUCUGCACUACGUGACCCUCCUGCGAGAGCUCUCCUCCCCGUACCCCAACAUCAAGUCCUUCUUCAUGGUGUCGGAGUUCUUCUGGAAGCAGGGGGGCACCCCCCUGGGCAGAGUGGAGCCCGAGGAGGCCCCCCAACUCCUGCGCACCCCCUCUUACAUCAGGGAGCUCCCGCUGGUCCAGAGAGAGGAGAACGAGCCCGCGCAGGGGCUCAAGGGACCCAGGCGAGCGGAUCGGACUGGGGCAGAGCGAGGAGGUGCUCGGCUGCCACGUCCCGAACAGGUCUUAAAUCUGGACCCCAACACCCAGCCUCCUGCUGAGGACGCCUCUGAGCGGCAGAGAGGAGCCCCCCAGCCGGACCCUCCUGGGGGCGCCCCGGAGACGAUCUCCGACCUGCACAGGAGACCCUUCGUCCUCCAGGACAAGCCCAACACCUACUUCACCCGCACCAAGGCUGGAGCCCACUGCUUCCGGCAGGGCACAGAGACGGCAGAGCGAGAGGGGCAGACCCCCCCCGCCAAGCCAGCGCGUCGCCAGCUGCUGUUCAAGCAGCAGGAGGAGGAGGAGGAGGUGGCGGGCCCCAGGCUCUCGAGAAUGAAACGCGGCCGGCGCUUGGUGAAGUGCGUGUGCCGGCCCGGCUGGCACGGGCCGUCCUGCGGGGUGCCCACCGUGGUGCAGCACUCCAACCUGCCCACCAAAGAGAGGCUGGCCCCCCGGGACAGGCCGCGGCGCGUCAUCAACGCCAUCAACGUGAACCACGAGUUCGACCUGCUCCACGCGCGCUUCCACGAGCUCGCCGACGCCGUGGACGUCUUCGCGGUGUGCGAGUCCAACUUCACCGCCUACGGGGAGCGCCGGCCUUUGCACUUCCUGCGCCAGCUUCUGAACGGGACCUACGACUACAUCCGGCACAAGAUCCUCUACGUGUUUCUGGACCACUUCCCCGAGGGGGGGCGGCAGGACGGCUGGGUCGCGGACGACUACCUCCGCACGUUCCUGACGCGGGACAGCGUCCGGAGGAUUCAGGGCCUGCGGGGGGACGACGUCUUCAUCAUCAACGACGCGGACGAGGUCCCCGCGCGCGAGGGUGUCCUGUUCCUGAAGCUCUUCGACGGCUGGACCGAGCCGUUCGCCAUCCACAUGCGCAAGUCCCUGUACGGGUUCUUCUGGAAGCAGCCCGGCUCGCUGGAGGUGGUGUCCGGCUGCACUGUCGCCAUGCUCAGGGCGGUGUACGAGACCGACGGCAUCAAGCUGAGGAGGCGGGAGUACUACACCCUGCCGGCCUUCCGCGCCUACGAGAACGACACCGGCCACAUCCUGGUGCAGUGGUCCCUCGGCAGCCCGUUCCACUUCGCCGGCUGGCACUGUUCAUGGUGCUUCCGGCCCGAGGGGAUCUAUUUGAAACUGGUCUCGGCGCAGAACGGGGACUUCCCGCGCUGGGGGGACUACGAGGAGAAGAAAGACCUGAACUACAUUCAGCAGCUGAUUCGUACGGGAGGCUGGUUCGACGGCUCGGUGCAGGAGUACCCCCCCGCCGACCCCAAGGAGCACAUGUACGCCCCAAGGUACCUGCUGAGGAACCCCAAGAAGUACCAGUACAUGCUGGAAAACCCGUACAGGAGGGAGGGAGGGGGGUGAGGCACGGGGGAAAGGGACGAAGCCCACCCUUAACAAAAACAAAUAACCGCUCCGCAGAGAGAAGUGUCCCGUGGAGGAAUCUGAAGGGGGGGGGGGGGGGGUUUGGGGAGGGUUAGGGGUGACAGCUCUGAGUUUUUAAUUAUUUUUGAAACGUUUAAAACUGCCAGGUGUAAUUUUGUUUCAAUUCUUGUGAUUUUCUCCAUCAGCUUCUGUUGCUUUUUCUUUGGAACGCACGGCUAGUUUGAGCCGCGGCUGUUUUUAAAGACCGGUCAGAGAGAUAUUUAUAACUGCACUGAAAAACAGAGGACAGGACUGGACAGAGUUCAGAUUCAGCACCAGGACAGUUAACCACGUCUAGCUAAAGUAGUCUGAUUCCCAGGUCUUACAGGACUGUCAGAAAUACGACCCGUAUAUUUCCAACAGCAGUUUGAAAAGUACUACAAAAUAUUACAGCGUGUGAUCAUUCAGGAUCACAGGUUUCUCUUCGAAUCAACACUGAGCAAUCUCUCUUCGUUGAAGUGAAACUAGACCGCAGACUCUGCCCGUUUCUGCCCGUUGGAGUACGGAGUCCGAAGGUCUGCCAGAGGCGGCAGGCUGCACGCAAGUGAAGAGGUGGAGCCGCCCACUCCUGUUACAUCACUGAAGCAGUCGCUGAGGAUAGCGAAAGAAGUGGAGGAGCCGUGUUUCAGCGGCUCGCUCUGUCCUCAACUCUAACGGCAGUGCGUGGAUCAGAAAGUCCGUUUUCACAGAGGUCUCCAAACCCGGCGCACGUCGGCUUUGAGCCCUCGCCAGCCGUGAUCUUAGCUCGCGUUGGGUAAUCAGAGGAGGUCGCGGUCAAUAUUGAAACAGCCGUGUGCUUUGGAACUUUGUUGCGCAACUCUGAUAAUGGGCAGCUCAAAACAAACCUCUUUUGAGAGAGAGAGAGAGAGAGAGAGAGAGAGUUACUGCAAAGCUAGGCUCGGUGUGAUGUUUAAACUGUUCCCUGUCUCCUGAAACGCGCCCAGGCCUGCCUGCGUGGUUAGGGUCCUCCCUUCUACUGAAGUAAUUGAGUUUAAAGGGAGUAAACUGUAUGCAAAGGGGAGGUGGGUGUGUUUGCUUAUUCGCUUCAAAAAAUGCCUCCCUUGUAACCCCCCCAAAAUUUUUCUUAUUCUCUCCUGGAUUAAGUGGGUGUAGUCAGAGCCGUAUCCCACAAUCAAAACGAUUGUCCGUUAGCACUUCCUGUGGAAACUGUUGACGUGCCAGUUUGUGUACAUUGUCCGAAGCACCUUCUGCUACUAGCUGCAGCAGGCGUGACUAUUAGGGAAAGCAUAGCUGAAAGAGCACUGGAGAAAAACACACAAGCUGGUUCAACAUGAGCGUUUCACAAGAGCUGCAUAAUCUUUAGAAAAACAAAGCGUCGCCUACGAAAAGGGAAGUCAGCUUCACGAAUUUUCCAUUUGAAACUCUGAGUGCCUCUCUACUGAUGUUUCUGUUUUAGGUUUACUGUUCUUUCCCAGUCCAGUGAAAACACAGCUUGGAUCAGUGCUGAACGAUCUUCAGUGUACAGCUCUGGGCAAAGGUUUGCAUCGCCUACGAGUUUAGGACCGAGACAAAAAAAAAUUACAAAAAAACCAACAAACUCUGAGCAUAAUGGAGAUCUUGUGUUUAUAUGGAAAACUACAAAGCGGUAUGUGAUUCAAUAACAUUAUUCUGCAGCUUUCAUUCAACUUUAUGAAGCAAAAUGAGUCAAUACUGUAUUUGAAGUAUUGUGGAUCAUCCUCGUGUUACGGCAUCAUGUGAAACGCUUUGGGGUGGUCUUCCACUAUGAAAGGCGCUAUAUAAGAAAUAAAGAUUGAGGGCGCUCCAGUGAAGGCGCUCUGCGUGAGGGCAGGGUGCCCCCUAUAGUCUGGGCAUCGCCGGUUCCAGUCCGGGCUAUUCCAGAGACUGUGGACGGGAGUUCCCACGAGGUGGCGCGCAAUUGGCUAAGCGUCGCUGGGGAGGGGAGGGGCUUAGGUCAGCCAAUAGAAUCAAUCAAUUGAUGAGUGAUCGAUUCUAUUGGGUGAUGCAAAACCUUUGUCCAUAGCUGUAUGAUGCUUCCCCAGGGGGGGGGGUGCAGUUCCCGGCUCAACUCGAAUAUGCCCGUCCCCCCACCUCACCCCCCCCCUCAGCCAGCCUUGAGGAGGCUUUUCAGAAGCAGUGUUCUCUUGCUGGGAUAGUCAGCCUGACACAGACCCUUCUAACAGUUCCCCCCACAGUGAAAGUGUAGUGGAAGCCCGGUAAAGCAUGGACAAUGACCGUUCCCUCUGACUGCAGUAAACUUUGAUGAGAUUGCUGAUCUAAACAGAGAAUAUGAGAUAUUUAAAGAGAAACCAGCAGGGGGCGGCCUGUUGGAAAGGGGCGGGGAAGUAUUUAACGAGAUCGCUUUUUACAGAAUGUUUCUACUGAUUUGAUUGUGUUUUGUGUGUGUGUGUGUGUGUGUUCUAAUUUAUCUCGAAGCCGGGAUUUUAAAAAGGUACAGAGACUUUUCAGGCGUAAGAAAGGACGGAGCCCAGAGAAGAAUACAUCAGCUCCGCGGACAUCAGCGCGAGACCUUCUGAGAUAUCCUGGACGGCUUGCAAGAAUACCAGGAAUACUGCACAGGCUGCCCCUGUCUGUAUCCCAUUGAAUUAAUAGACAAUUGAGCCACUGCAAUGCCAUAUUUAAUGUGUGUGGCUGUUUCAGUGACUCUCCACACUGUCACAGUAGCAACGUUAUGAUAAGGGACAGUUAUAUUAUAACCACUGCACUUAUUAGACUUAUUAGCGUCUGUAGUUUUGAUCUGUUGUGCGUAUAAAAUCAAAACCACUAGAACUGAUAAUCUUGGAAGCAUUGUUAAAAGGGACUAGAUUAUUGAUUGGCUAAUUUAAUUGAUAACCUUCAGCGGUCCGUUUAGUCAGCGCUCGCCAGGGCGCCUCGGGGUCCGGUCUAUUUUCACCCGCGCUGUUUAAAAUAUUUUCAGAGUGAAACAGGUUUAAAAGGCGCUCAGCACUGCGUCUCCAGCCAAGCCCCAGCCCUUGUUCUCUGUUCACACGCCUCUUUAUAGACGUGCGCGCUGAUCAAUCCUCUCCCGAUCGCUCGUUUCAUCACCAAACCCCUCAAUAACGCGAUCUGAGUCGUUAUUUUAUUCCUGUAACAUCUCUAAACGCUCUGCAGGUGUCUGUGAUGUUCUUUGAGCGCUGGGUGCAGAAGCAGCUCUCUCCUUUGUUUGUGUCCGUGUUAUCUCUGUGGUGCAGGGGGGGGGCUAUCAGACACGCCCCUUUUUUGGGGGGGCUCCUAUCGGUCUCACUCGGCCAUUGAAAGGUUUUCUCUGCUUUUCCGGAGGAAAAAAACGACUAGAGACCCGGGCUUGACGUCUUUCUGAUGAUGUGGGGCAGGGUCCAGGCAUCGGACCGGAAAGGGAACGUUGUAAUUUCGGACCUGGUCCCACACAGGACCGCAGAGGGUUAAGCUGUCAGUGGAGUUCCCGCUGUUUCCUGAAUUAAACCCUUUUCAUUGUUUUAACUUAUUAAAAAAAUUAAUAAUUUAACCUACAAUUAUAAAAGAGUGAAUAAAGCAAUAUGGUACCCAUAAAGACCUUUAAAUAACUCAUGAAGCGAAUAAAGUCUGCUCAGCGCCAGAAGGGCAUUAUACUAACUCUCCCAGCGCACAGUGCAGAGAGUAACCAAGAGCAAUUCUGGAAAUAGAUCUGCUGUGCAUGACAGUAUAUUUCUAUAGUGUGUGCAUUUUGUUUUGUGUGAUCCCUCCACGCGGAGGAACGCCCAGCUUUGCCAGUCGGGUGAGAGUGGAGCGGUAGAGCCGACUCCUCUCCUAAGAGUUUACACUGGGUUGAAGAUUUGAAUUGGGUCCUGGGACACUGUGAUUGCACUGGUUUGGGGUCUUGUUAUCCUGGAGUGUGUUUUACAAAAGGGCUCUGCGUUUGCGGGGUCAGGUUUUAGGUUUGUGCCAAACACAAAUAUCCUUGUUUUGUUGUCUUUGCCAAUUCCUGGAAGGGCUUAGCGGAGUAGGGUGGGGGGGGAGAGGGGGUCAAACAAUUCAGACGGACGUCUGCAGAGAGGGUUCGGCCCAGUAGGAGGCGCUGUGGAGCAGCUGUAACCCUGCGCUCGACACACAAGAGAAGCUCGGCUCCCACUGCAGCGACCGCUGUCUUGCAUGCAGACGCUGUGACCGCUGUGAAUUAGAGUCAACAGCCUUGAAAUUUGAGAGCGGUACUCUGCCUCUUUGCUCGGGCUGUCCUUUACGGAUGGAAGCUGGGUGGGGUUUGCGAGAAACCCGUACGGCCUUUCAGAUCUUCAUGUUGAAGGGUAGUUUUGUAUAAAACGUUUUGUGUGGAGCACUGUUUUGUUUCAAUGAUGCACUGAGAAGGGGUCUGAUCAAUGUAUUGUUCUUUUAUAUAUCGGUUUGACUUAUUAACUAAUGUUAACAUGGAAUCAAACCUGGGCAUCACCAUGAACUGGGGGGGGCAUAUCAAAUAUCUACCCCUAUAUGGGGGCGGGGGGGGAACUUUUGUAAAGUUCCUGGUUCAGCAACCUUAAAGUGAUCUACGAAUUGACAAAAUCAGUUUAUCGGAAAGUAAGCAAGCGCUCUGUUUUACAGCAAAGCUCUGCAGGGGUGGUGUUAGGGGAUGGUAUCGCGAUUAGCAGUCCGUCUGGAGUAGAGGCAGCCCAAAACUGCGGAGAAGGGAACUCCCGGGACUUCGCACUCGUCCACAGAGUCGUCCACAUCGGCAGCUUGGCUUCUGCUCGGUUCUGAGUCUGUGAAAUGAACAGCCCUUUCGUCUCCUUUUAAACAGCGCGACUUCAUUAAACGCUGGGGUUGAGGGUUCGAGAAUGUGGCCCAGCGAGAAGUCUUGCGCGGUGUCGUGUCUUUGAUUGACAGUUUCUACAGAUCUGUCAGAGAGGCUCGAUUGCACUGAAGGCACGUCGGCUGUCAGUUGGUGUUAUUUUUACUUGAUUUGCGUUUUUUAAAUCGGCCAUUAUUAACGCAAAUACUGAACCCAGAAGAUGAAUCAGAUUUCCGCAGUUCCUUGCAGGUUGGGACUGCCUCUAGACACGAGGUUCGCAGACAACGUGCUCGCAGACUUUCGAUAAACGGCCCCCCGGUUUUGCGCGGGGGGUGUACGUGUUUAUUUUAGCUGCUGUGCCAUUACAGUGCAAAAGGUCGACUCAGCUGAUAAAGACGCAGGGAUAUAUCUACAUAUGUUUUUGGUCUUCUGCGGACGACGCAGCUAAGGCGUUUUGAGCCUGUUGGAAAAGAUGAAGUUUUACAAAUAAUACUAAAUAUGUUUUAUUUUUAAUCAGUAACUAGAGUAAAUUAUCAAAAGCUACUGUUCUGUAUAUGACUGGUUGUAUGUUAACCUUGCAAAAAAGAUUAUAUGAAAAGAAAUAUAAUAAAUUAAUUUUAAAAUUUUA